AUGAUGUUUGAGCAAGGACGCUAUUGGUAUGAUGCCUCAAUGACGGUUUUAGAGUUAUAUUCUGCCAAAAAGCCCAAUGAAAUCAUAGCCUUGGAUAACAACGGCAGGUGUUAUCGCUCGUCUUCUUACAAAUUAAAAAUGUACAAUGCCAUUAAGUCACAUUGUUAUAAAGUUGCGUUUAUUCGACACGGUGAAAGUGAAUUUAAUCAAGAAAACAAGUUUGUCGGUUGGUUGGACUCGGAUCUUUCAUCCAGAGGAGAAUGUGAAGCUCGACAAGCAGGUCAAAUGAUAAAACAAAGGUCAUUAAGCUUUGAUAUUGCUUACACGAGUGUUCUUAAAAGGGCGAUAAAGACCUGCCACGUUGUCCUAGAAGAACUUGACCUGUUGUGGAUUCCUGUUUUAAAGUCUUGGCGUUUGAACGACCGUAUGCAUGGCGCUUUGCAAGGACUGACACAAAAUGAGACCACAACUAGAUAUGGGGAAUGUCAGCUACAAUUGUGGACAAAGUCAUAUGAUAUUCCACCUCCCGCUCUCCUAUCAACAGAUCCACUAUUGCCUGAAUUUGAUCCUCGUUAUGCUCUUCUAGAUCAUAAUAUCCUACCUAAAACAGAGUGUCUUAAAGACACCGUCAAACGAGUUCUUCCCUUUUGGCAUGAUGAAAUUGUUCCUGCAAUGAAAAAGGGGAAACGAGUUCUUAUUGUAGCCCAUGCGAACAGUAUUCGGGCCUUACUCAAACAUAUAGAUAACAUUCCAGAUGGAAAAGUCAUGGACAUAGAAAUCCCUUCUGGUAUCCCACUGAUCUAUGAACUGAAUGCAGAUUUGAUGCCAGUUCGGCAUUAUUAUUUAGCAGAUGACUCAAAGGUGGCAGCAGCCAUCAGCAGAGAAGGUGACCAAAUGAGGGUUAUGUGA